AUGUCCACUCCAGACCCACCCCUGGGCGGAACUCCUCGGCCAGGCCCUUCCCCGGGCCCGGGCCCCUCCCCUGGAGCCAUGUUGGGCCCUAGCCCAGGUCCCUCACCCGGCUCCGCCCACAGCAUGAUGGGGCCCAGCCCAGGGCCUCCCUCAGCAGGACACCCCAUCCCGACCCAGGGGCCUGGAGGAUACCCUCAGGACAACAUGCACCAGAUGCACAAGCCAAUGGAGUCCAUGCACGAGAAGGGCAUAUCGGACGACCCCCGCUACAACCAGAUGAAGGGGAUGGGGAUGCGGUCGGGGGGCCACGCCGGGAUGGGGCCCCCGCCAAGCCCCAUGGACCAGCACUCCCAAGGUUACCCCUCGCCCCUGGGUGGCUCCGAGCACGCCUCCAGUCCGGUUCCAGCCAGCGGCCCGUCCUCGGGCCCGCAGAUGUCGUCCGGGCCUGGAGGCGCCCCGCUGGAUGGUGCUGACCCCCAGGCUUUGGGGCAGCAGAACCGGGGCCCGACCCCCUUUAACCAGAACCAGCUGCACCAGCUCAGAGCUCAGAUCAUGGCCUACAAGAUGCUGGCCCGGGGGCAGCCCCUCCCUGACCACCUGCAGAUGGCAGUGCAGGGGAAGCGGCCGAUGCCCGGGAUGCAGCAGCAGAUGCCAACACUACCUCCACCCUCUGUGUCCGCAACAGGACCUGGCCCUGGGCCCGGGCCAGGCCCCGGUCCUGGACCAGCACCUCCAAACUACAGCAGGCCUCACGGUAUGGGAGGGCCCAACAUGCCCCCUCCAGGACCCUCAGGCGUGCCCCCCGGGAUGCCCGGGCAGCCCCCCGGAGGGCCUCCCAAGCCCUGGCCUGAAGGACCCAUGGCGAAUGCUGCUGCCCCCACAAGCACACCUCAGAAGCUGAUCCCCCCGCAGCCAACGGGUCGCCCUUCGCCUGCACCCCCCGCCGUCCCUCCUGCUGCCUCCCCCGUGAUGCCGCCCCAGACACAGUCGCCGGGGCAGCCGGCCCAGCCCGCCCCCAUGGUGCCGCUCCACCAGAAGCAGAGCCGCAUCACCCCCAUCCAGAAGCCGCGGGGCCUGGACCCCGUGGAGAUCCUGCAGGAGCGGGAGUACAGGCUGCAGGCUCGCAUCGCACACCGAAUUCAGGAACUUGAAAACCUUCCCGGGUCCCUGGCCGGGGAUUUGCGAACCAAAGCGACCAUCGAGCUCAAGGCCCUGAGGCUGCUGAACUUCCAGAGGCAGCUGCGGCAGGAGGUGGUGGUGUGCAUGAGGAGGGACACGGCCCUCGAGACGGCCCUCAACGCCAAGGCCUACAAGCGCAGUAAGCGGCAGUCCCUGCGCGAGGCCCGCAUCACCGAGAAGCUGGAGAAGCAGCAGAAGAUAGAGCAGGAGCGCAAGCGCCGGCAGAAGCACCAGGAAUACCUCAACAGCAUUCUUCAGCACGCCAAGGAUUUCAAAGAAUAUCACAGGUCGGUCACAGGCAAAAUCCAGAAACUCACGAAGGCGGUGGCCACAUACCACGCCAACACCGAGCGGGAACAGAAGAAGGAGAAUGAAAGGAUCGAGAAGGAGAGAAUGCGGAGGCUCAUGGCCGAGGACGAGGAAGGGUACCGCAAGCUCAUCGACCAGAAGAAGGACAAGCGCCUGGCCUACCUCCUGCAGCAGACGGACGAGUACGUGGCUAACCUCACGGAGCUGGUGCGGCAGCACAAGGCCGCCCAGGUCGCCAAGGAGAAGAAGAAGAAGAAGAAAAAGAAGAAGGCAGAAAACGCUGAAGGACAGACACCUGCAAUCGGACCCGAUGGCGAGCCUCUGGAUGAGACCAGCCAAAUGAGCGACCUUCCGGUGAAAGUGAUCCACGUGGAGAGUGGGAAGAUCCUCACGGGCACAGACGCACCCAAAGCAGGCCAGCUGGAGGCCUGGCUGGAAAUGAACCCGGGGUAUGAAGUAGCUCCAAGAUCUGAUAGUGAAGAGAGUGGCUCAGAAGAAGAGGAGGAGGAGGAGGAGGAGGAGCAGCCGCAGCCAGCACAGCCUCCCGCCCUGCCCGUGGAGGAGAAGAAGAAGAUUCCGGAUCCAGACAGCGACGACGUCUCCGAGGUGGACGCCCGGCACAUCAUUGAGAACGCCAAGCAAGAUGUUGAUGACGAGUACGGCGUGUCGCAGGCCCUCGCUCGUGGCCUGCAGUCCUAUUACGCCGUGGCCCACGCCGUCACCGAGAGGGUGGAUAAGCAGUCGGCGCUCAUGGUCAACGGCGUCCUCAAGCAGUACCAGAUCAAAGGCUUAGAGUGGCUGGUGUCCCUGUACAACAACAACCUGAAUGGCAUCCUGGCUGACGAGAUGGGCCUGGGGAAGACCAUCCAGACCAUCGCUCUCAUCACGUACCUCAUGGAGCACAAGCGGAUCAACGGGCCCUUCCUCAUCAUAGUGCCUCUCUCAACGCUGUCCAACUGGGCAUACGAAUUUGACAAGUGGGCCCCCUCGGUGGUGAAGGUGUCCUACAAGGGCUCUCCAGCAGCCAGACGUGCUUUCGUCCCCCAGCUCCGGAGCGGCAAGUUCAACGUCUUGCUGACGACGUACGAGUACAUCAUUAAAGACAAGCACAUCCUUGCAAAGAUCCGUUGGAAGUACAUGAUCGUGGACGAAGGCCACCGCAUGAAGAACCACCACUGCAAGCUGACGCAGGUCCUCAACACGCACUACGUGGCCCCCCGCCGCCUGCUGCUGACGGGCACGCCCCUGCAGAACAAGCUCCCUGAGCUCUGGGCGCUCCUCAACUUCCUGCUGCCCACCAUCUUCAAGAGCUGCAGCACCUUCGAGCAGUGGUUCAAUGCGCCCUUUGCCAUGACCGGGGAAAAGGUGGACCUGAACGAGGAGGAAACCAUUCUCAUCAUCCGUCGUCUCCACAAAGUGCUGCGGCCCUUCCUGCUCCGGCGGCUCAAGAAGGAAGUCGAGGCUCAGUUACCUGAAAAGGUGGAGUACGUCAUCAAGUGCGACAUGUCCGCGCUGCAGCGCGUGCUUUACCGGCACAUGCAGGCCAAGGGGGUGCUGCUCACCGAUGGCUCUGAGAAGGAUAAGAAGGGCAAAGGUGGCACCAAGACCCUGAUGAACACCAUCAUGCAGCUGAGGAAGAUCUGCAACCACCCGUACAUGUUCCAGCACAUCGAGGAGUCCUUUUCCGAGCACCUUGGGUUUACCGGUGGCAUCGUCCAAGGGCUGGACCUGUACCGAGCCUCGGGGAAAUUCGAGCUGCUCGACAGAAUUCUUCCCAAACUCCGGGCCACCAACCAUAAAGUGCUGCUGUUCUGUCAGAUGACCUCCCUCAUGACGAUCAUGGAAGACUAUUUUGCGUAUCGCGGCUUUAAAUACCUCAGGCUCGAUGGAACCACGAAAGCGGAGGACCGGGGCAUGCUGCUGAAGACCUUCAACGAGCCCGGCUCCGAGUACUUCAUCUUCCUGCUCAGCACCCGGGCUGGGGGGCUGGGUCUGAACCUCCAGUCAGCCGACACUGUGAUCAUAUUCGACAGUGACUGGAACCCCCACCAGGACCUGCAAGCGCAGGACCGUGCCCACCGCAUCGGGCAGCAGAACGAGGUGCGCGUGCUCCGCCUCUGCACGGUCAACAGCGUGGAAGAGAAGAUCCUGGCCGCGGCCAAGUACAAGCUCAACGUCGACCAGAAGGUGAUCCAGGCCGGCAUGUUCGACCAGAAGUCCUCCAGCCACGAGAGGCGCGCUUUCCUCCAGGCCAUCCUCGAGCACGAGGAGCAGGACGAGAGCAGACACUGCAGCACGGGCAGCGGCAGUGCCAGCUUCGCCCACACUGCCCCUCCGCCAGCGGGCGUCAACCCCGACUUGGAGGAGCCACCUCUAAAGGAAGAAGACGAGGUGCCUGACGACGAGACGGUGAACCAGAUGAUUGCCCGGCACGAGGAAGAGUUCGACCUGUUCAUGCGCAUGGACCUGGACCGCAGGCGCGAGGAGGCCCGCAACCCCAAGCGGAAGCCACGCCUGAUGGAGGAGGAUGAGCUCCCCUCGUGGAUCAUCAAGGACGACGCAGAGGUGGAGCGGCUGACCUGCGAGGAGGAGGAGGAGAAGAUGUUCGGCCGCGGCUCCCGCCAUCGCAAGGAGGUGGACUACAGCGACUCGCUGACGGAGAAGCAGUGGCUCAAGAAAAACGAGAGGAAGUAUAUCCAGGACAUAGUAAGCAAAAAGAUGAGUCGUGAUGUGACCCUGAAGGCCAUCGAGGAGGGCACGCUGGAGGAGAUCGAAGAGGAGGUCCGGCAGAAGAAAUCGUCGCGGAAGCGCAAGCGGGACAGCGAUGCCGGCCCCUCCACCCCGACCACCAGCACCCGCAGCCGCGACAAGGACGACGAGAGCAAGAAGCAGAAGAAGCGUGGCCGGCCGCCUGCCGAGAAACUCUCCCCCAACCCGCCCAACCUCACCAAGAAGAUGAAGAAGAUCGUGGACGCUGUGAUCAAGUACAAGGACAGUAUUCUUGCAAGGGAACCUUAACAUUGUCAAAAUGAAGAAGACCCUUGAAGGUCAGUGGGGAAGGAUGGACUUUUCAAAAAGUCAUGCUGAUCACUGGGAUAUCCAUACGGAGAAGAUGAGUAUUGACCCCUCCUCACGCCAUACACAUAUAUUAAUUUGAAAUGGAUUACAGACAUAAACGUGAUGUAAAUCAACUAUAUUUCAAUAAAUCUUUUUUAAAAAACCCAUACAUGUGAAAGGUACAACAUGGGAAAAAAUCUUCAUGUCCUUGAAGGAGGCAAAGACUUCUUCAGUAGGACAGAAACGCCACUAGCCAUAAAAGACUCACAAGUUAGACUCCACUAAAAUUAAGAACAUUUGUUCAUCAAAGGACACCCUCAUGAAGACGGUGAAAAUUGCCACAGACUAGGAAAAGAAAAUUCAAUUUUAAAAUGGGCAAAAGGCAUGAACAGACACCUCCCAGAAGAAGAUACCCCAGUGACCAAUCAACAUGUGAAAAGAUGCUCGGGACCACCACAUCGACGUCAUUACGAGAAGGAAAUGCACAAUAAAAUGAGAGUGAGGUGCCUCCUCACACACACACCGGAAGGGCUAAAAUUCCUUUUAGUUCCACCACCAAGGACCUGGAGCAGUAGGACCUCACACCCUGCUCAUGGGAGCGUGUGGCUCUGGGCAGUGGCUUCUGCAGCUCGACACACAGAUAAAGCUUCUGACCAAGCCACUCCAGUCCUAGGCCUGAGUGCAUGCAUCCACCAGAAGACAUGUACAGGUGCCUCCACAGCAGCUUUGAUCGCGACUCCCCUAAAGGAAACAGCCCAGUGUCCACCCCCAGGAGAACACGUCCACAGCGGCCUCAUCGAAGAACAGAAUUCUAACGGCCACGAGAACAGACAAACUACCACUCCCUGGAAGAAUCUUACAGACACUUGGUUGAGUGAGAGAAGCCAGACACAGAAAAGUACCUAUUGUACGCUUCCAGUUACAGGAAGUUAAGCUGAUCGACGGUGAUGAGCAUGGAUCAGUGGUCGCCUCAAGUCGGAAUUGACAGGGACGGGACACCAGGGAGCCUUCUGGGACGUUGGGGUCUUGGUCUGCACAUGAAAACCUUCACCAGGGUGUACACCUAAGAUAAGAUGUGCGCACUUUCCUGUAGUAGGUUACACCUCAGUUUAAAAAUAGUAGACACCUGAAAUCGGCAUCCUGCACUCGAUAAGGCCUUGGAUAUUUUCAAACUAAAAAAAAAUAUGUCAAGUGUCAGUCCACUUUCUUAGUCAUCCUAUGACUCAGAGAAAAGGCGCUGUGCUUAGCUGAAGGUCACGUGACAGAAGAGAAGCUGGCUCCCCUGGCUGCUGCAAACAGCUGUUCUCUCAAGCCCGUGCAAGGCUGGGUGAUAAAUCGGGCAGUAAAUUAAAACUAGCUCUUAGGGUUCAGGGGCAUCUCGUCAAGACUGGCCUGUGGCAGGACACCAAGAUCCUGGUAGGGAUUCUGAGAUCCAGCCUGAUGAGAGCCCUGACACUGCAGUCACAGAGCUGAGCUCCCAGGUCUGUCAGACCCACGUGGUGGUGCCUCCGUGGAGGGCUUGAAGCAUGGCUUAUGUUUAAACCUCACGUCCUCCUGGAACAAUGGCCCCACUGGACGGGGAGUUCGCCGUUAGACUGGGGAGAAACUGCAAAGGACUUACAAGUGGGACGGAGAAUAUGACCAUUCCAGGAAGCCUCCCACGCACUGGCUUUGGGAAACGUUUGGUUCUCAAUUGGAGCAGGGCCUUCCACUCGCUGGUUUGCUGGUGGCCACACAGGAAGAGAUCAAGCAAGGCACGUAAACUCAGGAAGAUAGUCACAUCAUCCUGGUUGAAAUGUUACUUCAUGGCAAAUGCUUUCAGAGAUGAUGUUUGGGUACAAACUUGACCUACUUAAUGGACAUUUUUGAUAUUCUUAUCAAAACAUAAGAAUUUGAAACCAUGGGGAAAACUACAAUAUGGUUCAGGCAGCUGUAGGGUUAGGCACGGUCUAUAGACC